AUGUCCUACACGGAAGAGGAGUAUUACGACAUUGCGGAAUACACCGUGGACUGCGACGGCUGCGACGACGACCAAUGGGCUCUGGUGCCACCUUCGGCGGCUGAGCGGCCGUUGGCGGAUGCCCGCGCGAAUGCGAGGCUUUUUACCACGUUGUCCACAAGCGGGGUUUUGGCGGGUCUACAAAGCGAUGUUGAAAAGGCCAAUGAAAUACUCGGCCUCACGCCGGAGGCUGCCCUUCUCGUCCUGCGCUAUUACGGCUGGAAGAUGGAUGACGCUACGCUUGAGAAAUACUUCGCUGAAAUGGAUGAAGUCAACGAAAAGCUGCGCAUUACUGAGGCAGUUUUUAGAAGUGGUGGCGCUGGCGCCGAGUUGGUGCGGGGCAACCAAUCGAUGGAGUGCCCUAUUUGCGGCGACGAUGUCCCAGCAGAGGAGACGGUGGGGCUAGCAAGCUGCCGUCAUUUCUUGUGUAUUGAGUGCCUCACCACAAAUCUUAUUUGUGCUGUAAAGUACGGCCAUGACCUGCUCGAUAAACGCUGCCCAACGCGGGGAUGCUGCAGCAUUGUGGGGUUGAAUCUCUUUAAGGCGCUUCUACCGCCAAAGGAGUACGGCCAGGCGGAGCGGCGUUUUCUCAACGACUACGUUGGCGGCAACACACACAUGCGCUUCUGCCCAAAUGUGACACCGUGUGCAGGGGUGAUACGCGUUGCCGCCCUACGGGAGUCGGGCCCAGAGGUCUGCUGCGAUAUCUGCGCCCUGGAGUUUUGCUUUAAGUGUCUUCAGGCCCCUCACGCCCCGGCGACGUGUGCAAUGGUACAAAACUGGGCGAAGCUGUUGCAGGAGAACGAACCCUCGCUGGCGCUUAUUCAGGAAACGACGAAGGGGUGUCCCAAGUGCUUCGUCCGUGUGGAGAAAAACUUGGGUUGCAAUCACAUGAAGUGUACACGCUGCCAGCAUGAGUACUGCUGGAUCUGCCUAGGCCCCUGGUCGGAACACAACGCCAACUUCUACAAUUGCAACAAUGUAAGACAAGCCGAGGUGAAGAACGAAAAAAACAUGCUUCUCGACUACUAUGAACGGUGGGACAAUCACAAGCGCAGUAUUGCGAUGGAGACAAACUUGCUACAGGAGAGCUCUGAGAAGGUACGAAAACUGGCGCAGUACCACAAGGGUCCCUCAACAUCAGGCAAGACGUUAUCGCUUCUAUACAACACACGGCGUGUACUACGCGAUUGUCGUGUUGUGCUCAUGAAUGCGUAUGUUGUUCUAUUCUUUAGUGGGACUGCAGGCUCAUCAUUGCAUUACCGCAUUCAUCAGCUCGAGUUACGGACAGAGGAGACUAGCAGGCUCAUCGAUGCCCCACCAGAGCUGCUUGACGUCGAUGAAAUUGAGUCUCGUAGCCAUCAAGCUAUGCAUUGGUGCAACGUCUUGCGGAGGGAGGGGUUUGAUUAA